AUGAAACGCGAAUACCUCCCCGUGGAAACUCUCCCAGCCUGGGCAAAACUCAAUGGUAUUUCCUUGGCUGGUGUCGCGUUCGGGCGACUACAAGCAGAAGAUGGGACCGACAAGGGAUGUGCAAUAGUAGCGACCGAGGCAAAAAUCAACGAAAGCGAGUCGAAUCCAGAAAUACUUCUCAAAAUGCCUUCUGAUCUGGUCUUGUCGCUCGAGACGGUGCAUAAUUAUGCCAAGGCUGAUGGUUAUCUACGGGAGGUGUUGGAGGCUGCUGGCGAUUUCGGUAGAACAGCUAGAGGUGCAAUAUUGAUCUUCCUAAUCAUGCAAAUCACAUACUCCAGUCCAGACUUUGCGACCGAGCGGCAUAAAAUCGGCGUCUCGAACCCGUGGACCGAAUACAUAAAAUUUAUGCCGUCCACGAUUCUCCUACCGACAUUCUACACGGAUGAAGAAUUGGAACUACUGCGCGGGACUUCGCUCAGAUCUGCAGUGGAAGCAAAAGGCAUUUCCCUCGAGCGGGAAUUCGAGCACCUGCGUCACGCUACGGAUAAUAUAUCUUGGUGUCAGAAGUACUGGUGGGGCGAGGAAACGGGCAAGUUAUCGUUCGACGAUUGGCGAUAUGUGGAUGCUGUAUAUCGGUCGCGUAUGCUGGACUUACCUGGAAGUGGUCAUUCGAUGGUUCCGUGCGUGGAUAUGGCCAACCAUGCUUCUGAGGAUGCAGUGAAGGCACGAUAUGAUGCGGAUUCGGAAGGAAAUACAGUGCUUCAAUUACGCGGCGACAGAAAGCUACAUGCUGAUGAGGAGGUUACCAUUUCAUACGGAGAUGAGAAGCCGGCAUCGGAGAUGAUCUUUUCAUACGGUUUCCUUGACAUGGAGAGAAUAGAUGCAAAGCAGACUUUUCUGGACCUGGACAUUCCUGGUGAUGAUCCCCUGAAGCUAGCCAAAAAAAGGUUUUGCAGGGAUGCACCUGGGGUCCAAGUGAAGACUGCUGCUAAUGCUUCUGGCGCGACUUGGGACAGUCCCUUCGUUUGGUGGGCCUGCGUUAAUGAAGAAGACGGACUCGACUUCACGGUGCUUCAAACGACUGAUGGAGGAAAAGAACUUGCAGCUAUUUGGAAGGAAGAGGGUAUUGAAGUCUCUAGUCGUCUCAGGGACAUUUUAGCGGCUGAUCCGAUGUGGGAGGUGUUUCAACUUCGCGCUGUGAUGAUUAUCCUUGAUCGACUAGAGACUCAACUCGCCACCCUUCGUGAGACAGAGCAGAUUGUAUCAGAAGUUAGCCGCGAUGAGGAGUUGAAGCGCGCAAUUUUCCGGCCCGAUGUCUUUAGGAUAGCUACCAAAUUGCGGGAGCUAGAGGCCAAUUUGCUAGAGAGGGGUAUCGAGGACCUGGUGAGGAAGAGGGACGAGUUGAUGGCGACCGAAACAGUGGCUGCUUAUCUCGGCCAACAAGGCGAUAAUAUCGAAGAAGAUUUCUCAUGA